GCGCUGGGGCCCCGCGGCUGCCGCGGGCGAUGGCGCUGCCGCCGCUCCCGUCCCUGCCCCUGACCCUGCCCGCAGCCGCGCUGGCGCUAGCGACCCUUGCCGCCUUCCUCCUCGUCCUGAUUUGUGUAAUCGCUCAUGUAACUGCCAAAACAAUGCCACACGAAGAUGCAAAAGGCUCUGCGCCAAACAUACAUGAUCCUGCUACAAGAGGACUCUCUGUCGUUGUGCCUUCAUACAAUGAGGAAAACCGGUUACCACUUAUGAUGGAUGAAGCUUUGGAUUAUCUAGAAAAAAGACAGAAACAAGAUCCUUCAUUCACUUAUGAAGUGAUAGUGGUUAAUGAUGGCAGUAAAGAUCAAACUGCGAAGGUUGCAAAGGAGUACUGCAAGAAAUAUGGAAGUGACAAAGUGCGAGUGAUAACUUUGGAAAAAAAUCGAGGGAAAGGGGGAGCAGUCAGGACGGGUGUCUUUAGUUCUCGGGGGAAGAUGAUUCUUAUGGCUGAUGCAGAUGGAGCUACAAAAUUUGCAGAUAUUGAGAAAGUAGAAGAAGGUCUAAAGAGUCUCCAGCCAUGGCCUGAAGGGAUGGCUGUUUCCUGUGGUUCUAGAGCUCAUCUGGAGAAGGACUCAAUAGCAAAGCGCUCUUACUUUCGAACUCUCCUCAUGUAUGGGUUCCAUUUCCUGGUGUGGUUUCUCUGUGUCAAAGAGAUCCGGGACACACAGUGUGGAUUUAAACUUCUAACCAGGGAAGCUGCCUUGCAGACUUUCUCAAAUCUUCACAUAGAACGCUGGGCUUUUGACGUGGAACUUCUUUAUAUAGCCCAGCGCUUGAAAAUACCUAUAGCAGAAGUUGCUGUCAACUGGACUGAAAUAGAAGGUUCUAAGUUAGUUCCCUUUUGGAGCUGGCUGCAGAUGGGCAGGGAUCUUCUUUUUAUACGACUACGAUAUAUGACUGGUGCCUGGAAGCUUGAAGCAAAAAAACAUAAUUAGGUUAUUUACAUUUUCCAAAUAUAUUAUUAUGCUUAAUGGAACACAAGAACAGUUUCAAUCAAAUGAAGUGGUGGUGAAAGCUGAGGUAAUUCUUCAUUGCUCCUCUGUAUAUUUCGUUUUUGCAGCAUGUAUGUGUUUUAUAAGAUUGUCAGCAGAGAAUUUCUACAUUUUGAAAAAAGAAAGCAUUUCCAAAAAGAUUUUCUUAUGUGGUAAUCAGGUUUUUAUUUUAUUAAAUAGUAGCUUUAACAUUUCUUAAAAAUUCAUUCAAAUAAAUAUAUCUGCUUUUGUCUCAUCA